GGGAACUCUGUAGAAUAAAGAAUAGUAAGCCUUCUCAGGGAAUGCUUAAAUCCUGGAGGUCUCUGGGGUAGGUAGGACAGAAAGUCCUGUUAUUUGCCAGGCAGACAGACUGUUGGGCCUCGGGGAAUUAAUGUUGGUCACCCAAAGAGUUGUGCAGCUUUGUCUACCAUUGUUAAAUGAGGCAGUGACCUGGCUCAAAUACUUUUCUCUCCACACCCCUAUUUGGAAGCCAUUUAUAUUUUGCUUGCUAUUCCCAUUUAAAAUCGUAAUCCAUUCUAUUCCACCCCCAUGAGGAAGCUUUUGGGUAGAAAAGUAUGUGGCGGAAUAAAUAAGUUGAUGUGUAUCAGGUGUGCAAACUUUAGUGCGCAUCAGAACCCCCUGGAGGGCUUAUUAAAACAGAUCGCCGGGCACCACCGCAGGAGUUUGAUUCAGUAGGUCUAAGGUGGAGUUCAAUAAUCUGCAUUACUAACACGUUUCCAGGUGAUGCUGCUGUUCCGGAGACUACACCCAGAAACUACCUUAAUUCACUCUAAAAUGUCUGAUUGGUUUUUGCUCUGGAAUAGGAACUCCUUAAUGAGUUUAAGAUACUGAUCUGAACCCUUGUAAUUGCCCCAAAUACUUAAUAAUAUGUGUGUUUAAUGCUCUAGCACACGAGGGGAGCCUAGAAUCACCUAACAACUCCCUUCGGGAGUGAUUCUGAUUAGUGCAUCUCCAGUUCCGAUUAAGAUUUCCCACAAAUAUUAAUUAUUUUCACAAGAGGCUAAUAAAAAAUGCCGUCUUUGUCCCCAGAAAAUACCUGGAGGACGGCAUUUCAGAGGCAAAGAGGCUGUACCAGCCUCCCAGUCUCAGCCCUUCUCUGCCGCCCACCACUGAAGAGGCCCCGGCUACUCCCGGGAGUGCUGCAACUUCCUAGGUGACUUGAGGCAGCCUUAAAAGGGAUUGGCGCAGGGUCCUUGCGAUAGAGAAAUGUGUAAAAAUCAGGUGGGCCACCCAAACGGAGCGUCUUUUCCAUCCGGUGGAGCCAAGGGGCGGGGCUCAGGGAUAGCCCCCUUCCGGCACCGCCCUCUCCGGCUCCGGGGGCGUUCCCGGCUGCAGCCGCGAUCCUAACGGGCUCGCGAGACGCCCCGCCCUCCCUGGGCUCGCCCCCGGCUCCAUUUUGCAGACGACCAGGUUUGGCUGUGACGCUGCUGCCGGGGUCAGAAUGUCAUACCCAGGCUAUCCCCCAACAGGCUACCCACCUUUCCCUGGAUAUCCUCCUGCAGGUCAGGAGUCAUCUUUUCCCCCUUCUGGUCAGUAUCCUUUUCCUAGUGGCUUUCCUCCAAUGGGGGGAGGUGCCUACCCACAAGUGCCAAGUGGUGGCUAUCCAGGAGCUGGAGGCUACCCUGCGCCUGGAGGUUAUCCAGCCCCUGGAGGCUAUCCUGGUGCCCCACAGCCAGGGGGAGCUCCAUCCUAUCCGGGAGUUCCUCCAGGCCAUGGAUUUGGAGUCCCACCAAGUGGAGCAGGCUUUUCUGGCUAUCCACAGCCACCCUCACAAUCUUAUGGAGGUGGUCCGGCACAGGUCCCACUACCUGGUGGCUUUCCUGGAGGACAGAUGCCUUCUCAGUAUCCUGGAGGACAGCCUACUUACCCUAGUCAGAUCAGUACAGAAUCUUUUCCUUCCUAUCCUGUUUUCUCUCAUGUUUCUUUGGAUUGUAGCAGUGAACCUGCCGCAGUGACUCAGGGCGCUCAAGGAACUAUCCGACCAGUUGCCAACUUCGAUGCUAUGAGAGAUGCAGAAAUUCUCCGUAAGGCAAUGAAGGGUUUUGGGACAGACGAACAGGCGAUUGUGGAUGUGGUGGCCAACCGUUCCAAUGAUCAGAGGCAAAAAAUUAAAGCAGCAUUUAAGACCUCGUAUGGCAAGGAUUUAAUCAAAGAUCUCAAAUCAGAGUUAAGUGGAAAUAUGGAAGAACUGAUCCUAGCCCUAUUCAUGCCUCCUACAUAUUACGAUGCCUGGAGCUUACGGAAAGCAAUGCAGGGAGCAGGAACUCAGGAACGUGUAUUGAUUGAAAUUUUGUGCACGAGAACAAAUCAGGAAAUCCGAGAAAUUGUCAGAUGUUAUCAGUCAGAAUUUGGACGAGACCUUGAAAAGGACAUUAGGUCAGAUACAUCAGGACAUUUUGAACGCUUACUUGUGUCCAUGUGCCAGGGAAAUCGUGAUGAAAACCAGAGUGUAAACCACCAAAUGGCUCAGGAAGAUGCUCAGCGUCUCUAUCAAGCUGGCGAGGGGAGACUAGGGACUGAUGAAUCUUGCUUUAACAUGAUCCUUGCCACGAGAAGCUUUCCUCAGCUAAGAGCUACAAUGGAGGCUUAUUCCAGGAUGGCUAAUCGAGAUUUGUUAAGCAGUGUGAGCCGUGAGUUUUCCGGAUAUGUGGAAAGUGGUUUGAAGACCAUCUUGCAGUGUGCCCUGAACCGCCCUGCCUUCUUUGCUGAGAGGCUCUACUAUGCUAUGAAAGGUGCUGGUACAGAUGACUCCACCUUGGUCAGGAUUGUGGUCACUCGAAGUGAGAUUGAUCUUGUACAAAUAAAACAAAUGUUCGCUCAGAUGUAUCAGAAGACCCUGGGCACAAUGAUUGCAGGUGACACGAGUGGAGAUUACCGAAGACUUCUUCUGGCUAUUGUGGGCCAGUAGGAGGGAUUUUUUUUUUUUUUUAAAUGAAUGAAGCUAUUCAUAGCUUAUCCUUCAGAGCAAUGACCUGCAUGCAGCAAUAUCAACCAUCAGCUAACCAAAAGAGCUUUCUAUCAAGGACCAUAUCAGGGUAAUGUGCUUGGUUUGCACAUGUUGUUAUUGCCUUAAUUCUAAUGUUAUUUUGUUCUCUAUAUAUAAUCAGUGUAAAGCCAUAUCACAAUGAUACAGUAAUAUUGCAAUGUUUGUAAAGCUUCAUUCUUACUAGUUUCAUUCUAAUCAAGAUGUCAAAUUGAAUAAAAAAAUCACAGCAAUCUCUAAUUCUGUGUAAUUAUACUGAAUAAUUUUUUUGGUUGCUGAAAGCUCUGCCUUCCAGAAUCCCUCUAGGUCUACUUGAUAGAGUAGGUAGUAUGUCAUAACUGUGUACUUUAAAAAAAAUUCAUCCCUUUACAUCUAGAAGAAUAAUUUGCAUCUUAUUUUGCAUAAAUUUGUUCUAUAUUCACAAACACUUUCCACAUAGAAAACAGAUUAGUAUUACUGUAGUACCUUUUAAGAAAGGGUCAUAUGUUUAUAUGCUUAAAAUAAAUAGCCUACUUUUUUUUCCCAGUUGUUUUCUUUUUUUAAAUUGAGUUAUGACAAAUAAAAAACUGCUGCAUAUA